UCAUCACCAGGGUCAGGGUCGCAAGAGUCAAUUCGUCGUCUGAGAAAGGUACAUCAUACAGCUCUGCUACUAAAAUGAAGAUAAUUUUCGCCCUCUUGAUCUUAAUGUUCGGAGUGAUUAUACUAGAAGCAGCAGCGGUGAAAUCUAAAGCGAAGGAAAAGUACGCCCUGCCAGAAGGAGCUGAGUUACUAGUAGGACCCAUCAGAAGUACUUUUACUUGCUUCGCAAAUGGCUACUACGCCGAUGUGGACAACAACUGCCAAAUUUUCCACAUUUGCUACUCAACGGAGAACUACGAUGGAACCAUUGCAACCCAUCAAUACAGUUUCCUCUGUGGCAAUCAAACGGUCUUUAAUCAGUUGACGUUUACCUGCACAUAUCCAGAAGAUGCAGUCCCAUGCAUUCACGCACAGGACUUCUAUUACCUCAAUGCCCACGUCGAAGCAGCUGACCCGGAAGUUCACUUCUUGGAUGACCAGGACGUCCAGCGUGCUGCCCCUCUUAUUGAACCUGAACUAUAUGGCAGAAGAGUAGUGAAACCUGUGGCUCAGUAUCAACCGGUGCGAAGGAGAUUUGAUUUCGAUAGUAAACGAAAAUGAAAAGUUUCUGUUAGUCAAAAGAUACAUCAUUUUUUUCUUUUAUGGCCAUUUCUACAUUUCAGAGAGUUAAAAGAAAAAAUAUGUAUGAAAACAUUUUUUUUUCUGCUUCUAAUUUUUAUGAAAAGAAAGUAAUUUUAAAAAAAUGAAAUCUGAAGCUCAAAAAUUAUCUUCGUAGUAAUGGAGUUCUUUUUUUUACACUAAUAGUUGGACUUCGUACAUGAAAAGUUAUCAAAAAUUCUUUGUGCUAAAAUGUGCUUAAAACCAACAGUCAACGUGAGGAAGGUACAGAUCGUGAAGAAAAUAUUGCAGUGUUUUGCAUUUUUUCUUCAUUAUUUGUGUUUUUUGAGUUGAUUAAUAUUUUUAUUCUUAGAUCUAUUGUUACGAAGAUAAUUUUCACUUACUGAGGC